AUGUUAUUUGGUGACCCAGGUCAGUUACCACCUUUAGCAGACAAGCCUCUUUAUCAUGCUAAACCAUCAAGUGAUUUUGGUGAACAAGGGUAUCAAACAUACAGAAUGUUUGAUAAAGCUGUUAAGCUUACUGUCAAUCAGCGAGUACAAGGUAUGAAUUCUGAACAUGUCAGAUUCAGAGAUUUGUUGUUGCGACUCCGCAAAGUUGAGUUGAUGACUGGAAAUUACUUUUGACUCGUCAACCUUCAGCAAUCACAAAUUUGAGUUUUAAGAUGCUACCAGACUUUUCUAUAGCAAUGAGCAAGUUGCAAAUUACAACCAUGACCAACUGAGUAAAUUUGAGCAAGCCGCUGCUCAAAUCAAUGCUCGCCAUUCAUCGGCAAUUGCAAAGAAAAUUGCUUCAGAAGAUAUGCCAGGAUUAGAACCUGUGGUGUUUUUAGCAAAAGGUGCUAAA